UUGAAAUAAAGUCAGGUGAUUAUAGUAGCACGUUACUACUGCUCGCAAACGCAAAUGUUAUCAGAGUUGUUUCUUCCUUAUCAGAAAGCGUCAGGUUUAUUUGUUUAUUUAUCGCUAGUCCUGUAAUGGCGGAAGAGAAGAUGACGAGGGACGAAGCGUUGGCCCGUCAGGGCUACAGACACGCGUGUCAUGUCAUGCUGUAUGGAGACUCCAGUGCCAAACUCUUCGGGAAAAUCCCAAUCAAACAUAUUGUUUUGGUAAGGAUGAGCUAGUGCACUAACUGUAACCUACUGUGACUGUUCUUGAGUGACUACGACAGAUGCAGAUGCGCUUUGAUGGCUUGCUGGGCUUUCCAGGGGGGUUAGUGAACCCGUCCGAGGAAACGCUGGAGGCGGGGCUUAGCAGAGAGCUACACGAAGAAGUGGGCGUGGCUGUGCCGGUGGGCGUGGACGAUCACAUGUCCUCCUGUGUAUCUUCAUCAUGCCCUCGUCUCAUCACACACUUCUACAUCAAGAAGAUGACAGAGGCAGAGCUGAAAGAGAUAGAGAGAGCGGCUGUAGCCUCCGCCACUGACCACGGUUUAGAGGUAUUGGGUAUGGUGCGUGUGCCGCUCUACUUCCUGAAGAAGGGAGGUGGUCUCCCCUACUUCCUUUCCCACUCGUUCAUCAGUAACUCUCGGGCGCAGCUGCUCUCUGCCCUGCGCCACUGCAGGCUGCUGUCUCAAGGGGAGCUGAAGGAGGCUGUGAGGCAAGCGGAGCAGAUGAGACGCACACACAGCGAUGAUCCUCGCUGACAUCAGUUUACACAGCAGUGCCUUUUCACCCCGUGGCCAUUAUUACAGCUACAUCACAUUAGCCCAACCCCACCAGAGCUGCUAGAAACUCCCUCCUGUCCUCACACUGCCCUCAGUUCCUCAUCCGGGCAUGUACAGUGUGUCUUCUCUGUAGAUAUCCUAACAUUUCAAGACCCCACAUUCACUUGGUAGAUCGUUUUGUUUAAUAACGUUUGACUUAUUUGACAAUAUUUCCUGCUUUACGCUACUAGUGAAUCACUAGUGAAAACAAAUACGACUCUGCGAUGUUGUAAUUACACCUCAUUUACUAGUUAAAUUGUUAAUAAUGCGUAUGAUUUGUGUGUGCAUGUGUGAUUUAUUAUUUAUGUAGAUGCAUAUGAGUUACCUGAUUGUUAUUCUCAUGUUUGCUAUUUAAAUUAGUUCUGUUUAUGAGAGAUAUGUGCAUGAAGAAUUGAGCAAGCUGGUUGGGCUAAUAAACAGCAUAUAAGAUUU